CAUCUUGUUGCAAAGCCUUUUCUUGUCGGCGGGACUCCCGGGGGCCGCGGGGCGGGAGGCAUCUGAAAGGAGGAAGAGAGGGAGGGGAAGGAGGAAGGCAGUGCCGCCUUUUUUUUUUUUUUUUUGCAUCAAAAUUUUUUUUCGAUUUGCAAAAUCUAUUUUGCAAAUAUUUGGGGAGACAUUGAUUUUUCUCCCCGUGCUCCCCCGUUCUUCCCUGCGGAGUGCGCUGCGCCGCCCAGCCCUGUCGCCCCCCCGGAGGUGAUCCCUCCCUCCUGCCUCCCCGCCAGCCUGACCUGUGCCUGGCUCGCGGGCCGCAGUCUCGGCCCCGGCGCGCCCCUGGCAGCUCUCGGCGCGAUGAGCAUAGAGACGCUACUGGAGGCGGCCCGCUUCCUGGAAUGGCAAGCGCAGCAACAACAGAGAGCACGUGAGGAGCAGGAGCGGCUUCGCUUGGAGCGAGAGCGGGAGCAGGAGCAGAAGAAGGCUAACAGCCUGGCCAGGCUGGCCCAUACCCUGCCCUUGGAGGAACCCCGCAUUGAGGCACCACCCCUGCCUCUGUCACCUCCUGCACCCCCACCAGCACCCCCACCACCGCUUGCCACCCCCACCCCACUGACUGUCAUUCCUAUUCCAGUGGUGACCAAUUCCCCUCAGCCGCUGCCACCACCUCCUCCAUUGCCCCCCACAGCCCAGCCUCUGCCCCUGGCACCUCGCCAGCCAGCCCUAGUUAGCACCCCAGGACUCAGCAUUAAGGAGUCUGCUCCCUUGCCUGCCAGACCACAGGUGCCCACCCCUGCUUCUCUGCUGCCGGACUCUAAGACCCCCAUUCCACCCACGGGAAGCCCCAAGCCUUUGCAGCCCCUCCCCACACCCAUCCUGACCAUAGCACCCCAUCCUGGAGUGCAGCCCCAACUGGCCCCCCAGCAGCCACCCACACCCACUCUUGGGACCCUGAAGUUGGCACCAGCUGAAGAAGUCAAAGCCAGUGAACAGAAGAAGAGGCCUGGGGGGAUCGGAACCAGAGAGGUCCACAACAAACUGGAGAAGAACAGGAGGGCCCAUCUAAAGGAAUGCUUUGAAACCCUGAAGCGCAACAUCCCCAACGUGGACGACAAGAAGACAUCGAAUCUGAGCGUGCUGAGGACGGCUCUGCGGUACAUCCAGUCCCUGAAGAGGAAAGAGAAGGAGUACGAGCAUGAGAUGGAGCGGCUGGCACGGGAGAAGAUUGCCACACAGCAGCGGCUGGCUGAGCUUAAGCACGAGCUGAGUCAGUGGAUGGACGUGCUGGAGAUAGAACGCGUGCUCAGGCAGACAGGCCAGCCUGAGGACGACCAGGCCUCCACCUCUACUGCAUCUGAGGGUGAGGACAACAUAGACGAGGACAUGGAGGAGGACCAGGCUGGCCUGUGCCCACCUAAGUUGAGCCAUCGGCCCCACCCGGAGUUGCCGAAGCCACUGCCCAGCACCGCCCCUGCACCUCUGCCUCCCCAUCCCCACCCACACCCCCAGCCUGUGGCCCUGUCUCCUGCCCAUCUGCCUGGGCAGCAGCCACCACCACAGAAGACACCUCUGCCAGCCCCGCCUCCCCCACCAGCUGCCCCUGCCCAGACACUGGUGCCUGCUCCAGCCCAUCUGGUGGCUGCAGCUGGGGGAGGCUCCACGGUCAUCGCCCACACGGCCACCACCCACGCCUCAGUCAUCCAGACUGUGAACCAUGUUCUUCAGGGGCCGGGUGGCAAGCACAUCGCCCACAUCGCCCCCUCGGCCCCCAGCCCUGCUGUGCAGCUGGCACCUGCCACACCCCCUAUUGGCCACAUCACAGUGCACCCUGCCACCCUCAACCACGUGGCCCACCUUGGCUCCCAGCUGCCCCUUUACCCUCAGCCUGUGGCUGUGAGUCAGCCCGUGGCAGUGAGCCACAUUGCCCACACCCUCUCGCACCAGCAAGUGAAUGGCACAGCCGGGCUGGGCCCCCCAGCUACUGUUAUGGCAAAGCCAGCUGUGGGGGCUCAGGUGGUGCACCAUCCCCAGCUAGUGGGCCAGACAGUGCUCAACCCUGUGACCAUGGUCACCAUGCCCUCCUUCCCAGUCAGCACGCUCAAGCUGGCUUGAGGGUGAGGCCGCUCAAAGCCCCCAGUGGGGGCAGGGAAGGGGAACUAUCCCCCACUCUCCCACCCACCAGCUCCACACAUUCCAGCCCAGCCCAGGCCCACCCAACCCACACCCACCCCCAGGCCUCUUAGGGGAAGGGGGUGCAAAGACUCUGAGCCAGGGGAGGGAGGGGCCACCCCAGGGAGCUGGGCACAGGGCAGAGGAUUCUCCCACUGCACAGGGACUUGAUAAAUGAUGAGAAACUCUGGUGAAUGUGCUGCCCACCCAGCCUGGUGCCAGCCCAGGUGCAUUCCUUCCUCCCUAUUUUAACCCCUGAAACCAGUGCAACGUGGACUCCCCUUACCCGCUCGCCUUUCUGUGCUGCUGCUAUUUCUCUGUCUAGUGAAGGGCCCUCCCCUCCUAAGCCUCAGCCUUCUCUUCCCAGGUCUUUAGAGAGGCAAGGAGGGAAACAUAACUGAAGUAAUGUGGCCCAGACUGCUGGGCCCCCGAGGAGAUCCUGCUCUAGUUAACCAGUAACAAAUCCUAGCAAGUGACUUGGUCUGGAGUCCCACCCAGCUUGGGGUUCUCCAACCUAUAUGUAGUAGUCUCUAUGCUUGGUUACUCCAGAAACUAGUUAAGGUGAUUCGAUGCCAACAGUAAACCAAACUCGAGCUGUUGCCAAGCUUCCGGAGGCUCACCCAUCCCAUCCCAACCCUUGCCACUGGGCUGUUGACCUCAGGAGAGUGGGCUGAGCAUGGUGUGGGGAGGGAGAGGCUUGGUUGUCUCAAGCCUCUAACACAUGCAUACCCAGCCUAUGUCUAGGCAGAGAGAACUGCUAUGGACCUCUGUCUCCAACCCUGAGUGCAGCUCUUGGCUUCUAGAAGGAAGGGAUGCUGGCUGGUGUCCACUCCCAGAGGCCUGGUCCCUGGACUCUGCUCAGUGCUGUGUACUUUGCCCAGGCGGUGGGUGCACCUGGGUGCCUCUUAUAGUCUAGAAGACCUGGACCAGCAUCUGGUCUGGGUUCUAGGAGCCUGGAGCCACACUAUGAGGCAAACAGGCAGUUAAAGUCCAGGGGCUUGGCCAGAGCUACCAACCCCUUCCCAAACAGGCCCUGGGGACCUGUGGAGAGGGAGCAGGGAGAGCUGAGGAGAGCUGCUGCUUCUGACCUGACUUGUCUCUGGCAUCAUCUUCUCCCCCACUCAUCCUCAAUACCCCCUUCUCUCCCAUGGGCUAUUCUGAGUGUCCCCUCUAUGGUGGGCUGCUAUAUGCCACCACCACUCCUCUCUUAGGGCCAAAAGCAGGGUUGAGCUUGUGGUGGGGAAGAGUGGGGGACAGGGAGCACUUGUAAGGGAUGCUACGUCCCUGCCUCUGUCAUGGCAGACAGCAACGGCUUCUCUGAGUAUUUAUCAAGUGGCCUUGUGUCAAACACACUGUUACACACGUGUCCACACUCAGCUCCCCACCUGGACACACGCUUACCAAUGACCUUUCAGCAUGGGGGAGAAAACUUGUGUUCCUAGCUGUGAAGUCUGCAUUGACAGGUGGGGUGGGCAGUGCAGGAUCUCUGGCAUGUCCAGCAGGACCCAGGAGGCCAGCAAAGGUGUGGAAUGGACUUAAGACACCCACUGACUCCCUUUCAACCCCUUCCUAGUGCCGGAGACCUCCCAGGGGACUAUUUUCUUGUGUGUGUCUGGGCAUGAAGAAGGCCUUUUGAUGCCUUAGAGGUCUCUUAGGAGGGAGCCCUGUGCCUAUCCCAGUGUAGCACUUCCACCUUACAAGCUUGCUGCCUUCCUGUACCUGUGGCCCUGGCUCUUGAGGGGAGCUAAUUUUGCUUUUUCCAGUGUGAUUAUGAUGGAAAGAACAGAGGGACAGACAGGCAGGCCUGGUCUGGUGCCCAGGGAGCAGUCAGAAGCACUGGCAAGCUCACCUUCUGUUCUCCAUGCACCCUGAGGCCAUUCCAGAGUGUCAGCCAAUUGCCCUUGGGGCCUGCACAGAUACCUCAUCCGCCCACUGCCUCCUCCCCGACCCCCAGCAGUGGGGGCCUCUGACUCUAGUGCCGAAUGACUAUGUCCAGAUUGGUGAAGAUGGGUGUUGUUGCUAUUGUUUUGUUGUUGUUUGUGAAUGCUGUGACGCUGUAUGCCCAAGAUGGCAGCCUUGGCAGGCCCUCCCUUGGGCAUCUCCCCUAUGAGAGCUGUCAGGACCACAUCUGUCCUCGCCCUGUGGGACCACCUGCCCCUCCCCUCCCUAGCCCUUCCAGCCUGGGGGACACGCGUGCACACACACACAUACACACACACACAUCUUACCUCUCAUGCGUGUUUUACUUUUUGAUGUUCAGAGUGGCUCACUGGCUGGGACUCUUUACCUCGGGGUAUGGGGGAGGUUGGUUCCUUGGGGGCCAAAGAAAGGCAGGGAUUGCCUGGAGGGGAACUGGGGGAUCACCAUAACCCCUGAUCUCUCUAGGAACGGCUUCUCCCCCCAUCCCAGGGUCCCACCCCUACCCCCCAAAGAGGUGGCCCUUGUUUACAGUGAGGACUCGGUCACUGUGUCUCCGUUUCCUGAAAUAUAAACCGUAGCAACCCCAGACUGUAGAGAUUUUUAUGUGUUUGGAUACAUCUGCUGUGUGGGAAAAAAAAAAAAAACUACAAAAACCCUAAUUUUGUACAUAUUGUAUUUUUACUAUUGAACUGUACUCUAGUGGCUGUUCAUGCUCCAAGACUUUAGGUAUUGAGACAUGAAUACUAUCCAUGUAAUAAGCACUUGCCUGGAAUAAAAUAUAAAACUGAAAUAAACCUGCACUGAAACCUGA